UUGUUUCCCCACCCCAAAGGUAGCAGCUGCAAACUGACUUUGUAAUGUAUUUUUGUCCCUGUGCCAGCCUCUUGGAAACAGCCUCAGUUACAGUACACAACAGAAGGACACAUUUCACCUGCGUGCUCAACUAGAUAGAGACUUGUAGCUACAACACAAAUAGCUGAACGCGUUUUGGAAGACGAACCACGAUGCGCAAUUACGCACGGAACUAAAGGAAUUUGACGUAUUUUUGUCUCUCCGCCAGAGGAUUCGCUGUCGAUAGUUUUGAAUUCUCUCCAUUUACAGAGACGAUAUCUAUGCACGACGUCAUUAGUGCAGCUACAGCCUCUCCUCAACUCUUAACUCUGAAGUUAACCAUCCAGUCAUCUAUGUGCACUGGACAGGAUGGGAUGCUCCACCAGUUCCCAAACUUCCGCGGUAGAUACGACUCGACCCAGUGCUAAGCCCGAGGAGAGCAACGGAUCCAGCACAACAGCCAAUGAGAAUGGCAAAGUAGCUGAGGACAGCGAAACUAUUCCCGACCAGACACCCGCUGGGGGCGGCGAUGCUAAGCCUGCAGAUGAAUCUGCUGCAGCUGCACCUGCAGGGCAGGAGCCUCAGCCUGGUGCAGCCAGUCCGCCUGCAGAGGCAGCAGCAGCAGACGGCACCACAGAGGCGGGGGCGGCGAGCUGCACAGAGCCUGCAGCUCCUGAGCAAGAAGUAGCAAAGGGCACAGCGACCGAUUCCGAGGCCAAAACAGAGGAGGCACCAGCGCCCAGUGAGUGAAGUGCAACAGAUGAGUUUUGCUGGAAGCGUCUUUACUUGUAUGUAUGCAUGAGUGAAAGUAUGUGUAGGUGUGCGUUUGCGUGUGAAAGACAUCGCCUCGUUGCCAAGAUGCAGACCCUGCUUUGAUAAAAAUCACUUUCAGCCAGGGUUCCUCAUCACGGUGCCUUCUUCCCCUUAUGAUAAUGUAUGGCUGCAGUUUCACCUUGCAAACUGUACAUAGACAGAGUUCUACAGCACUUAGUGUUUAUUUUCAGAUGGUGUCAUCAUUUUAGGAUAG